AUGAAGCUUUCUCUCAUCACCAUCUUGUCCGCCACCGCGCUGGUUUCGGCUGCGCCUUUCGCUGAGCCCGAAGCCUUCCUCGAUGAGCGCCAGGCUGCUCAGAGCAUCGAUGCUGCGAUGAAGGCAAAGGGCAGGAAGUACUUCGGUACCUGCUCCGACCCAGGCCGCUUCAACAGUGGAAAGAACGGUGCCAUCAUCAAGGCGAACUUCGGUCAAAUCACACCCGAGAACUCCAUGAAGUGGGAUGCCACUGAGCCCUCGCGUGGUUCGUUCAACUUCGGCACUGCCGACCAGACCGCCAAGUUCGCAAAGGACAACGGCAAGCUCCUCCGCGGUCACACCACCGUGUGGCACUCGCAGCUGCCCAGCUGGGUUUCGUCCAUCAGGGACAAGGCCACCUUGACCACUGUCAUGCAGAACCACAUCAGCUCUUUGAUGGGCCGCUACAAGGGUCAGGUCUACGCCUGGGAUGUCAUCAACGAGAUGUUCGAGGAGAACGGCAACUUCCGUGCCAGCGUCUUCUACAACGUCCUUGGUGAGGACUUUGUUCGUAUUGCAUUCGAGGCUGCCAAGGCUGCGGACCCGUCUGCGAAGCGUUACAUUAACGACUACAACCUGGACCAAGCUUCCUACGCGAAGACCCAGGCCAUGGUCAGGAACGUCAAGAAGUGGAUCGCUGCCGGCAUCCCUAUCGAUGGUAUCGGUUCCCAAGGUCACUUGCAAUCUGGCCAGGGUGCCAACGCCCCAGCUGCCAUGGCCGCGCUUUGCGGAGCAGCUCCCGAGUGUGCGCUCACCGAGGUCGACAUCCAGAACGCCCAGCAAUCCGACUGGACCAACGUUGUCAAGGCUUGCUUGAACCAGAGCAACUGUGUUGGUAUCACCGUCUGGGGUGUCCGCGACUCCGACUCCUGGAGGCCUCAGGGCAACCCGCUUCUGUUCGACUCCAACUACAACGCCAAGACUGCUUACAACACUGUUCUUGCUGCUCUGAAGUAA